AUGACGUUAGAUACAGGAUACUGCUGUGGAGUACCCGGUACUAUCCGCGACGGAACUUUCAACGCCACAGACCUGUGUUACGGUGACGUAGCUACGUACACCUGCAACCCUGGCUUCCUCCUGAAGGGCAAUGCCUCUGUUGUGUGCGGUGACGGGUACUGGGGAAAAGCACCAUUCUGUGAACCCAACAGCUUGUGUGACAGAACUGUCCUAGCCGUGCCGUCAGGUGGAUCCAAGAUCUGUUUUGAAAAUCCCCACGGAACUGCUCCUGUAGAAUACUGUCAGAUGCACUGUAACGCUCCAAAAGUAUACAACAGAAACGAUGACAUGUACGAGUGCAGCGUUGAAACGAACUGGCUGUGGUUGAUCAGAAUCUACCAUGGCGGAGGACAGCAGGUUCUCUCCAAUGUUGAUGUUGGCGAAUGUUCAGCUCCUUUGGACCCAUUCGCUGCAAUUACUAUCGGGGGCUUGGUCAUCACUUCAAAUAGACUACAUGAUAUGACUGCUAUCGAAACAGAGAUGAAGGACCUCCUGAUAGCAACUGGGCUCUGCUCAAAUCCAUGUGAAAUAGGUCAGAUAAGCGUGGAUGUGUCACCUACUGCAAGGGUGGGACCGCGGAGCACCGUUGUGCAGUAUCAGGUCUCCAUCCAGCUUCUUGCCUACGCCGACCCGAACUUGGUGACUCCUACAAACACCAUUCAGAUGGAAUGGGUGCGUCUGGCAGGUGAACUCAGGUAUUUGUAUGAUUAUGCACUUCAUUUGUCAUCGUCCACACUGCAGUAG